CUCUUUAUAACACUAAACACUCAUAACUAAAGAAAAUUUUACUAAAAGUUUUUUUACACCAAGUAUAAUAAUCAAAAUCAUUUAAUUUACAUUCUUCCACGUAUUAAAAAAUUGUAAUUGUAAAAUGAGACAUAGGUCAAUCGUAUAAAUCAUUCAUUGCUGUGUCAUGCAACACAUUUAAAUAGAUGACUAUCGAACACUAUUCAUCAUCACAUCGAAUAUAAGGUAUUUAUACUAAAUGUUAUAAAUACAGGCUUAGAGUCGUUUUGUUUCAUAGACAACGUAGUGCCAAUUCAUUACGACAUCGAAUUAAUACCAUAUAUCGAAGAGGGUAAUUUUACCUAUAAUGGUAAAUCCCACAUCAUCAUCGAGAUCCGUCGUGCAACACAAGAUUUAAGUUUGAAUGCACUAGAUUUAAAGAUUAAUGAAGCAGCGAUCGUUGAUCAGCAAAAAUAUUAUUAUUCAUACGCCGAUAGCACAUAAAUAUAACAAUGAAACACAAAUGUUAUCUCUCCAUUUUGAAGAUGAGUUAUCCCCUGGAAUUUAUAGUUUCAGUAUACAAUUUAUCGAUAUUUUAAGUGAUGAUUUGCGUGGCUUCUUCAGAGCAUCGUAGAGCAUAUAUCAAUAAAAAAGGAAACAGAGUGUGGUUGGCCGUAACGAAUUUCGAAGCGACUUUCGCGCGACGAGCGUUCCCAUGUUGGGACGAACCGGCAUUAAAAGCUACUUUCAAUAUCUCCAUAAAACAUCAUCGAAACUACACGGCUCUGUCAAAUAUGCCGAUACGGGAACAAUCGGAUGGAGAAGAUGACGUAGUGUGGACGCACUUUGACAGGUCUCCCGUCAUGUCCACAUAUCUCGUAGCGUUUGUAGUGUCGGAUUAUGUUAGUAUUCCUAGCGCAAAUGAAAUGGCGUUUAACAUGUGGUAUAGAUCAGCAUUGGCUCCGUACUCAAAACUUGUGCAGAAUGUUGCUCAAAAGGCUAAAUAGAUAUUGACAGAAUAUACCAACAGCACCUAUAUAGUUUCGAAAAUGGAUCAUAUAGCAGUUUCCACAAUUUAAACCUGGUGCGACGAAAAAUUGGGGAUUCAUUAUUUAUGUGUAAGGCAACAUAACUUAGAAGAAAUAUUAACAGAUCAACAUGUACUUAUAUAGCCUUCUUGCAUCACAAAUUUAUACUUUUUGCAAUUUUUUUAUAUAGAUUGUUGAUCCACACAUAUUCGAGAUCAACUUGCGGUUACAAAAAUAUCAUAAGAUAAUAGAGAGAUCUGACCUUGCCGUUAAUUGUCACUCUAUUACACUUGAAUAAAACAAAAUUUCCUCUAGUUAAACAAUUGUGGAAAAAAGUAGGAAUAAGAAUAAGAAUAUAAAAUUUUUAUUUUAUCUUUUACAUUUAUUUUUUACAUUAUUUCAGUCAGUUUGGUUCCGAUGACUUAUGGAACGUCUUGCAAUCAAUUCUAGAUGAAUCAGAUGUUUCACAUGAUGAUUAUAAAUUGAAAGAUGUAAUUGAUACCUAGUUAAAACAAAGACAUUAUCCCAUAAUACACGUAUCUCGUAAUAAUGAUACUGGUGAGACAAUAUUAACGCAGGAACCUUUUCAUCCACAAAACAAAAGCGAGCAUGUCGAUGAUAAAUGGUGGGUACCUUUGACUUUUGCUACGCAAACAAAUCUUGAUUUCUCCGAUACUGUACUUAUUCGUUGGUUAAAACCACAAAAUGAAAAUGUAAACAUUGAUGGAAUUGAUCCAAAUG